AACACGUAGGAUCGGCCGGCCAGCCACGGCGAGGAAGAGGAAAGCAGCCACUUGCCCGCUCCUGCACUGCACAGCUCGCCGUCGUACUGCUGUGCUGUUGGUCGCGGCAGCGGAAGAGGCACAUACAGGCAAGGCCCAAUCCCGGCCGCUGCUUCGGUCGCCGUCGUGGGAGUGGGAGGGAGGGAGGGAGGGAGGGGAUGGAGGCUGCGGUGGCGAGCGCUCUGACCAAGGAGGUGGUGCUGAAGCUCGUGGCGCUGCUGAGCGAGAAGCACAAGCUGUCGAGGGGCCUCAAGGACGACAUCCGCUUCAUCCGGACCGAGCUCGACAUGAUCUCCAGCGCCAGGGACAGCCACAUGGCGGCAGGGCGGGAUCCGGCGAGCAGCUCCUCGCGCAUAUCCAUGGAGGAGAUGCGUGAUCUGGCGCACGACAUCGAGGAUUGCAUAGACCGGUUCCUGCCCUGCCCCUGCGUGGCCUGCCAGGGUCAGGGCGAGGCCGCGUCCGUCCUCCGCCGCGUCAAGAAGGCGGCCACCAGCGCCAGAUCCCGGUUCGCGGCCGAGAUCCACAAGCUCCGGAGCAGGCUCAAGGACGCCCACGACCGAAGGGUCAACUACCAAGCAGUCAACGGAUCCUCCGCCGGAGCUUCUCCGGCGGCCGCGGACACGGGGGCGGAGACCGACCCCGUGGGCAUCGACGAGCCAAAGCAGGAGCUUGUCGACAUCUUGUUGCAGCAGACCGGGCCGGGGAAGCCCGGUGUGAUAUCCAUAGUCGGGUUCGGCGGCUCCGGGAAGACCACGCUCGCAAGGGCAGUGUAUGAGUGCCCCGGAGUCGUCCGGAGAUUCCCCUGCCGCGCCUGGGCUGUGGCCUCGGAGCACAGGGAUGCCGAGGGGCUCCUGACCACGAUACUCCGGCAACUCCGCACCACCGAUGCGCCGCUGCCCCAAAUUUCCAUGGAUGGUUUUCUGCGGACUACAGAGUGCUUAAUUGUAAUCGAUGACAUCAACAAGCAGAACUGGGAUGUCAUCAAAUCCAUCUUACCCAGGGAAGCAAAAAGCAGAAUUAUAGUUACCACGGCUCUCCAGUCAGUAGCUAAUGCUUGCAGCUCAGGUGACGGUUAUGUUUACAAGAUGAGCAUUCUUAACGCGGAGCACUCCAAGGUUUUGCUAAUGAAGAAGGUUUUCUUCCAAGGAUGUUCACCUGAACUGGAGCGGGGUUCAACAGCAAUUGUGGAGAAGUGUGACGGCCUUCCACUUGCUCUUGUGUGUAUGGCCAAGUUUUUGCUAGGCGAGAAUGAGCUCACGGGAAGCCACUGUGCGCGAGUUUGCCACAACCUCGGGCAUCAUAUGGAGAAGGAGGCAGACUUCACAAAACUGCAACAGGUUCUUGUAAAUAACUACAGCAGCCUGUCUGGUUAUCCUCUGAGGACCUCCUUGCUAUACACGAGUGUGUUCCCAAAUGGUCGCCCAAUCAGGAGGAAUACUUUAAUCAGGCGAUGGCUAGCUGAAGGGUAUGUCCAGUGUCAAUAUAAACGCAGUGAUCUGGAGGUAGCAGAUGAAAACUUCCGGGAACUUAUUGACCGGAAUAUCAUCCGGCCGAUCGAUGCUAGCAACAAUGCAAAAGUGAAGACGUGCAGAACUCAUGGAAUCAUGCACGAGUUCAUGCUGCACAAGUCAAUGUCUGAUAACUUCAUCACAUCUCUUCAUGAUCAAAACCGAAGUAAUUUCCGUCACCUGUUCAUCCAAAACCAUGCAAGUGGCAGCACCUUGAGCUCGAACCAGCGUACAAGUCCAGCAAGCGAUGAUGCAGCUGGCAGUGAGAAAUUCCGCGCCCGGUCUCUGACCAUCUCUGGGGAUGCGGGAGAAGCUGCUUCUGAGUUUUGCAGGUGCGAGCUGCUGCGAGUGUUGGAUCUGGGAGAAUGCAAUGAUUUGGAGGACAGUCAUCUCAAGGACAUACAUAAGCUGUGGCAUCUAAAAUAUCUGAGCCUUGGGGGCACUAUCAGCAACCUUCCGAAGAAAAUUGACAAGCUACACUGUUUAGAGACCCUGGAUCUGAGGAAGACAAAGAUAGAGGUAUUGCCAGUGGAAGUCAUUGGGUUGCCUCACCUAGCUUACCUGUUUGGAAAGUUUAAGUUUGGGAAAAAGGACUUGAGAAAGAGCGAAAUAGCGGAGUUCUCGCAAAGAAAAAGUAAGUUGAAGUCUCUUGCAGGAUUUUAUGCAGAUGGAAACCCUGGGUUUCUACAACUGAUGGCUCAUAUGAAAGAACUGAAAAAGGUUAAGAUAUGGUGUGAAUCCACUGGCGCAGACAACAAAGGCUUGCCUGACAUUUCAAAGGCAGUUCAGAAGUUUGCUCAGGAUGGCAUGGACACAUCCGAGCUGUCCAGUGCUGCGAACGGUGCGAUGCCUCCUUCUGCAAGGUGAUUUGAUGAUUGCGCAGCAUAUGUUGAAGAAUGAAGACGACGCCAUUGUUGCGAUGCUCCCAAAGGUGCAGGAGGACCUGUUGGCGUCGUUGUGCGCUGCAGCAGGACCUGCGGGCAACAACUUGAGCAUGGAGUACCAUGCAUGGGGAUGCAGCGUUUCUUGUGUUUUCUCGGGCAGAAGUGUUGCUGGGGUUCACCAUGCAAUGCAGGCCGCCAGACCAUGGUAGUUUCAAAAACCAGACUCGACCGGCGGUCCAACCGGAAGAAUCGUGAACCGAUGCCUUGGUCUUUUAUAGAAACCAAAGAAAUAAAAUGGUGCGUAAACUUGGGAUCGAACCCUUGACCUUGCAUGGAUUUUGUUCCCCUUGCAUCUGUUAUCUGGACCAUGUUCUGCACGUGUAUUGUUGUCCACAUAAUAGCAGGUUGCAUUUCCGCGUUU